AUGGACGAGUCGAGCCCGUUCGCGCCUUUCUUCCAGCACGUUUUCCAAUCGGACGUCUCCACCCGUCCGAUGAUGGUCCCGGAUGCGUUCGAAACCGUUCCGAACGUCCAGGACGAGCUUUGGUACACCAUCCGCGAAGAGGCUCGGCAGGAUUCCGAGGCUGAGCCUGCGCUGGCCUCGUACCUCUACUCCACGGUGCUAGCGCACCGGUCUUUAGAGCGGUCCCUGGCGUUUCACCUGGCGAACAAGCUCCAAUCGCCUACUCUUCUAAGCACGCAGCUCUGCUCGCUCUUCACCGACGUGAUGCUUCGCUCGCCGGAAGUUCAGGAGGCGCUGCGCGCCGAUCUGCGGGCCAUCUAUACCCGUGACCCCGCGUGCCGGAGCUACUCUCACGCGAUGCUGAAUUUCAAGGGUUAUCAGGCGCUGCAGGCGCAUCGGAUCGCGCAUCGGCUGUGGCUGGAGGGCCGUCAAGGAUUGGCCAUGGCGCUUCAGAGCCGCGUGUCGGAGGUAUUUCACGUGGAUAUUCAUCCUGCUGCGAGGAUUGGGAAUGGAGUGUUGUUUGAUCACGCGACGGGGCUGGUGGUUGGCGAAACGGCGACGAUUGGUAACAAUGUCUCGAUUCUGCAUCAUGUGACGCUGGGAGGGACGGGGAAGAGCACGGGCGACAGGCAUCCCAAGGUCGGCGACGGCGUUCUGAUUGGCGCUGGCGCGACGCUUCUUGGACCAAUCAGGAUUGGGGAGGGAGCGAAAGUAGGAGCAGGGUCGGUGGUGCUGCUGGAUGUGCCGCCGCGUGCGACGGUUGUGGGGAUUCCAGGGAGGUUGGUUGGCGGGAAAGAGAAGCCUGCUAUGUCAACGGUCAACCCUAGUGAGACUAUGGACCACACCUCAUUCAUUCUGGAUUACACCAUCUGA